UUUCUUUCGACAUGUCAUAUUCAAAAUUUCAUUUUUAAAUUAUCAUGUAACGAAUUUCGAUUAAAAAUUAAACCAAAUUAAUAUUCAGUGAUGCUGAAAACCGCUGAAAUCCUUGAUGAAAUUGUCUAUUGGUACAAACGUUACAAGCGUAGAAAUCAUGGGUGAAUUUUGAGGUGAACAGCAGAAAAAAAUGGAUAGAAAUAACAUUAUUUUUAGACUUCAAAUUAUAACAUUAUUAGAUUCUAUUUGCUAUGGUUUGAUAUACAUAUUUCUUGCACCAUAUUUGCUCGUCUUGGGAGGAAAUGCUAUAACUAUUGGAAUAUUCGGCUCUGUAACAAUGGUAUUUCAAGUCAUGUCUAUUCUCAUUGUAAAAGAAAUGUUACAACAAAGCGGUCUUAAAGAGACUCUAGUAGAUAUGUUUAUUAUCGCCGCCAUCACUCAUACUAUGCUAUUCGUGACCAAAAGUCCGUGUGGCGCUAUAAUGAUUAGAUGUCUUUUCGCUUCCGUUAACCAAACGACGAACGUCAUCAAAGAGAUAUUCGUGAAGUACUUACCGCAAGACCGUAGGGAGUACCACAUGAACAUUUACAACACUUUGUAUUCGGCCGGUUUUGUUAUCGGGCCUAUUUUGUCCGGAGCUUUGUUCGAAAUUAGCUUUACAUACAGUUGCUUGCUAGCAGCCAUCUUGACCAUCGUCAAUAUAUGGUUGAUAGUUACAAUACCGAUCGAAGAAGACAUCGUCUCGACCCCAGUGGACGUGUCUAUGGUGAAGAAAAUCCGGCAAACGGUCGAACACCGACUAACCGAAUUCCGGCAGCCGAUUACCAAAGAAAAUUGGGACAUUCUGGCCGUGCAAUUCCUCUUCACGGCCAACGUUAUAUUCGUAACGACCAAAUUCGCGCCGGUCACGUCGCACAACUACCAGCACUCCCAUUCGGACCUCGGCGUAAUCUGCGCCUACAUGAACAUACUGAUCUUCGUCGCGUUGCACUUCUCGCCGGCCAUCAUGGAGAAGCUGGACCGGCAUUCGCCGGCCACCGUGGUGAAGGCGAUGUUCGGCGUGAUACUGGUCUCGGCGGUUCUCUCCUUCUUCUCGCCGUACAUCCUGCUGUUCUGCGCCAUGUACGUUCCUCUGACGUUCGCCAGGAUCGUGCUGAACGAGUCGUGGAAGGCGGUGCACCACGAGCGGGGCGGUUCUCGCCUGGACGGGAUCUGCGAAUCGGUGAAUUUCGCGUCGGGUUUCGCGGUGCCGCUGGCGUUCGGCGUCGGCGAGUUCUACUUCGGGCACUUGGUGACCAUCUACUCCACCAUCGUGUCGUUGGUAUUGGCGAUGCUCGUGGUGCAGUUUGUCACCAUUUCGAAGAGUCAGAGCGGUCGUAGCUCGUCCGCCGGCCACGACUCAUCGGUACCUAAGGAAAGUUGUCCGGCGUGCUACGACACCUGCGGGAAUCCCUGCUGCCAACCGCUUUCCUUUUGCCCCAAAACCAAGGAGAAUAAAUCUUGUUGAAGAUUGUGUAGUUGUUGGUAAAGUACAUAUUCUAGUAAAUAGUUUUUUUUUUGUAACUAAAGUAAUCUUGUUACGUUCUUAGAUUUGAUACAAAACGG